GUGUGAGUGACCCGAUUUGUCACAGAUGCUGAAUACGCGAAAAUGGCGCAUGCUAUGGGCAUAGACAAGGGCCGACCGAGGAGGCAGAAGUAGAGCGAGAGACAGAGAGAGGGAAAGCGUGAGAGUGCCAGGGCGAGUGGCGCCAACUGAGCUUAUCCUAUACCUGGGGACUUCUAAAUCUACAUAUCACCAGAGGGGAGAGGUGAGGCCAGGUGAGGUGAAGUCAUUCGGUCACGGCGAGACGUUUUCAGAUCCCCUGAAGCAACGGCAACACGGAAACAAUGGAGGAUGAAAGGCGGCCCAGAGGAGAAGGCGUAAUGAUGAGCUGAAGGACGCGACGUCGUGACAGUCAGACUGAGGCGCAGAGAGGGUAUCAGACCCUGCAUUAACUCAGCUCCUGGUGCGUCGUCACGAACCCACCAACGUAUUUUUACUCCCCCUGCUGCUUCAUUACGCGGACUCCGUUGCGGUACCAAAGAGGGCGGCUCAUUGGAAUCAGGACAGAAGACGAAAGAAGGGCUCUGAAGGGGUGAUGCGUGGGUUAAUCGUGCUGUUGCAAGUAGACGACGAGGGACGAAUCUCCUGUCUCUGAAGCUACCACAGCGGAUAGGCGCUGAAGAAUGACGAGGAUUGCAGGUGCUCUGGGAAGCAAAUACUGGGACCCACGGCCAUACCACGUUCUUCACAUCGGCUCCAAAACACUAGAUGCCAGACGUCGUUAGACUGUACCCAUCCCCGUCACAGAAACCUCUCACUCCUUUGCGCACAUUUCGCUUGCUUAGGUUGCUGUAUGUUACCAGCUACCCGAUCAGCGUCACGCCCCGUUGGGCACAACUUCGCGCGACCAACCGUUGCUCGCACAGUUCGUCCUCAAGCAGAAUUGAUUUUCUACCAUUACGCUGGGAGAUGAGGCGCAAUAGCAGGGGCAAGUACACAAUGAGGCAGCUGGCAUGUUGACUUGAUUUGACCGAGGCGCAUGUCAAAGAGCGAGCAAGCGAGCGAGCGAGAGCGCUGUGGGAGACUUGCGGAACACAGGCAUGCAGAGAUAGAAGAGGUGUGAGUUGUACGGGGAGAUGCACGCGACGUCGGGCUUUGGUGCAAUGCAAUGCGGUUCAGAAGCAGGACGAAAGGUGUGUGGGAUCACCCGCUGGAGGCCGGAUGUGAAUUGAUGCCAACAGCGCAUCGGACGGAGUUGGAAGUAGCUUAGUAUCUGGAGAGGAUUGCCAUGGAUAGACCCGGGUGGGUAGCGGCCCAGCAGCACCACCGGCGGGGGCACAGUAUGGGCGGCGGGGUGAGAGAGAAAGACGAAGAUCUAGCAUUGUUCAAGAACAUGGGAAAGCGGGCGGACCAGACACCCUUUCUGUACCCCGGCAGUGGCGACCAGUUCAUCGAUGCUAACCUAUCUACCAAAUUCGGAGGGUUCUCACACCCACACUCGGCCCCGCCGGUGCAGAGGAAAGGCAUCGGAGCAGAGUUGCUGAACUCGGAUGUCGACAAGACUGACUAUGACUGGUUGAUGACCCCGCCAGGGACGCCUCUGUUCCCCUCGCUGGAUGCAGACUCGCCGGCGCUGCAACAAGGCAUGAUCGUGAGUCGAUCCCUGGCUGCCAUCAAAACGUCGCGGGUGAGCGCUGGCGGGCGUGGCGAUGUGGGCGGCGCAAAAGGGAGUAGAGGCAAUCCGAGCCCUGGUCGCAGAUCCAGCACUCCUCAGAGCGGGCAAAGCAGCGCAAGCGCAGUGGCAAGAUCUCAGAACCAGGCCAUGAGCAGAAGUGGCAGCAGCAAUCGGCCCGCCACGCCCACAAGAUCUUCCACGCCUACCUCGAUCAGGGCGUCUCCGAGCAAUCGUCCAUCGACACCCACACGACAGAACAGCGUGGGUGCGCGGCCCGUGACGCCGUUGGGAGCGAGGCCUGCAACCCCGACCAGGAAGCCUGGCACCCCGAGCUCAUCCGCAAGGCCGUCUUCCACGCCCACCCUCCGACGGUCGAGCUCGAGUCCGACGGGGAGCCAAACCCACGGGGGAGUCUCGGCUCGGGGCAAUCCUUCCCCGACGAGGAGCACUGCCAGCACUGGAACCAGCGCGCUGCGGGGAGUAUCUCCUGUGAGAUCCACGAGCAGCCGCGGCGUGUCACCCGUGAGAGGAGUGUCUCCAGCGCCAUCGGCUCGGGGGCGGUCGCCGUCGCCCAGCUUGAGGGCUCCGUAUCCGGUGGACGCGUCGGACGACAUUCCUCCCAAUCUUCGGACCACUUCGGAACGCCCCAGCCCUGCGCGAAGUCGUGGAGCCGCGUAUGGCGCGAGCCCGGGCGAAGCGCCCGGCAGAAGUGCCAGCCCAGCCCCACCGCAGCGACGAACUGCGUCCCCUGCCAGAUCCAUUCGAAGCUCGACGUCGGUGAGCCAGACCGUGGACAGGUUGAGCCGAGCCGCGUCGUCGGACAGUGAGAGCAGCUUUGACACGUGCUCUCAGUCGGGUAUAUCCAGUCAUGGGAUUCUGACGCCAGACAAAGCCGGGUCCGGGAGGCGGAUGUCGUAUGGGCGAGGGAUUGACGAGCAUGGGCGGUCGAGCAGCUUGCAGAAGGCCAGGCGAGGCAGCUCGACGUCGCCGCAGUUCGGGCCUUCGUCAUCCAAAAAGUCUCUGGAAUCAGCCGCGCGGGAAUACCAUCGAGGCCAAGUUGCGGCGUUUCGGCCUCUGAUGACCAACAGCUCCAUUUCCACAUUCUACACCAGCAGGGCAAGCGGGCUGCUUCGGAGGCCACUGACGCCGAGCAGCACGGCAAGCUCCUCCGAGCACGGUGCCACGGUGGCGCAUGACAGUGAGGUGGACGACGAGGAUGCCGGCAGCCAGUGGAAGGGGUCGAUUGGACGGGGAUGUGAAGCUCAGUCCCCUCUGCAGCUGUUCGACAAAUCUCUGGGCAGCGCGCACGAGAGUGGCACCCUGGAUGGGAGCAGCAUCGCGGACAACGAGGAAAUGAGCAGCUUCUUCAAGAACUCGGAGCUUGCUCUGGAGGUGGAACCGAAGCUGGAGGAACGGGUGGGCAAUGCGGAGAUCAAUUGGUUGUCCAGAGAUGAAGCAGAGGAUGCGGAGUAUCUGUGCUCGGGGGACGUGAAAGACGGCGAGUCUCAUCCUGCUUUUGACUCGAGGAAUGAGGGCAGCCGGGUUCCGGCGGGGCUGAGCAAGGCGGUAGAGGACGCAGGCAACAGUGGUAAUGGAGUCGGGGCGGGUUCUGGUAGCAAGCCAGGCAGUUCAUCAGGACUGGAGAAGAUCAGGGAUAAGUUGAGGCAUCUGAAAAGCAGCACUGAGGCCGAGACUGAGGGUGAAGGCGUGGAGCUCGCAGCCACGAGGGCGCAUGCUGUGAAAUGUGUGCUCGGCAGUUCCACUGAUGCGCUCAGUGGUCCGAGAGUCGCAAGUCCGACGGAGGGGUUGGUUCAGCUCAGUGGCGGGGAGGUUGAGGAGGUAUGUGUUGUUUGCGGUCUCGGGAAGACUCCGGCAGGUCGUGUUGGAACGUCUGAGAGGUGCGGGUGUCGGUGCGACUCGCUCGCAGGCGGGUCACUGCAAUCGCAGGAAGGGGUGUGUUCAAGGCCGUUUAGUGGGGAGGGAGGAAGCGCUAAGGAGGAGAAAACGAGAGGCCCGUCCAGGGCGGUCGACAUGGUUUACGGCAAAGAGCGAGACGUGUGGUACAUAUACCGGCAGUCGUCCGAGAAUGGAGUUCCAUCAGCAGGGGCGUCGGAAGCAAAGAUGGAAGUGGAAGCUCCCGAAGUGCGUGGGAUGGAGGCGGAUUGGAGGGUCAAACCGUCAGUGAGUGGGGAUCAAAGCAGCAGGGGUAGAGACUUCAGCCCCAGUGCGGUGAGUGCACAAGAGAGUUCCCAGGUUGUGAGAGAGGAAAUUGUUCCAGCUGUGGUUCCUGUGAGUGGUGAUGUUGGGCGUGUGGAGGUAGACAACAGCAUUGUGCAGAGCGAGCAUGGCACAUCGGGUCAGUUUUCGGGUGAGUGUCGCCCCUCGGGUGCGGGUGAGCCGAGGAGCGUGCCUGAUGCAGGUGCUGGAGCAGGUGGAGAGGGUGAGGAUGUGACGAGAAUGGGAUAUUAUCGUCCACAAGCAUCAAGAGACGAUGCGGGUCCAGGGAGCGAAGGCAAGGCGCGGGGCGGAAUGAGUACUGAGAUUGCACACGGGGUGAAGGCGUGUGAGCGGGUCAUGCAGAGUAACGGCGAAGCAGAGAAUGGGAAGCAGAAUGGCGUGCACCAGGGCGUGAAUGAAAAGUCACGGGAUUCCGUUUCUGUCGGCGAGGCAUGCAAGCCUGUGGACAUGAACCACGGAGUUGUGGAGGUGCCUCGCACGCUAGCACCACAAUCCAGCUCGGUGCCGCACCCUGGCAGUGUGGUGAACACCGAAUCGUGCGUUUCCGAGUCACCGACAACGCUCCUGAUAACCGUGCACACGAGGUCCACAGCAGAAGGUGGUCGCACGGAUGUUGGAGCCAGUAGGGAUCUGUCCUUGAGCAACAGCCACAGCGGAGCGGCGGCGGCGGCGGCGGAUGUUGUGUGGCAUGCUGAGUGUGCAGACCCGUAUACUCCAGGUAAAGGGAGAACGCGGGUGGCGGUGGAUGUAGUGGAUAUCGUACGUGAGCCAGCUUCGAUGAGCACAGAGUCAUGCGCUGGGGUGAAUAGCAGCGAGGAUGCUUCCACUGUAGUCGCGCCCAGCAGCAACAAAGCACGGCGUGAAGACGAAGUGCAAUGCAGGGACCAAACAGCGGCACGAGGUGCAGCCUCGGAUGAGAGUAUGGAUGAGCGUGAUUGUGCAAGCCAUGGGGACGACGAUGCUACAUUCAUCGACAUCCCAGUGGCCCCUCGUGAAGAGGUGACUGCGGAGUUGGGGGUUCCUGAAGCGAUCUACAAACAAGCGACGCACAGGGGAUUGUUGAGCGAGUCACUCCAAGCUGAACCGGUUUCGAUCGCAGGGGAGAACCCAAAUCUGUUGCGUGUCGAGGAGGUGGGGCGCGUGGACUCGGAGAAUCUCAUGGUGGAGAAGUACAGGACCAGUGCUGAUCAUGACGUGUGGAACUCACUGAAGUUCCCUCAGUCGGUGCACCAGUCAGAUCGAGAAGCACGCAAGGAGAGGGAGCCGACAGGGGUGAGACGUGAUGGACCGGGUGUGCGGAGGUUCGGAAGCGGCGUCCAUGCGGGGUGUUUGAGCAAGAGCAGCUCGUCGAAGUCUUCCUUCAGAACCCCGACCUCCGGGAGCAGCAUCGACUUGUCACGAAGCACCGACACGACUUCGUCGUGCCCCAGCAAUGCAUCUUGGGAAGAUCCGCAGUACGUGGGGUCCAAAUUCUGGGACUCUCGACCAGCUCCAGACGUGGGUCGAGUUUCCGACGCCAGCGAACGUGCAGGUGCAGGUUUGAGAAGUGAUUCGACGGCGGAGCAGAUGGGUUUGAGCGCGAGAGGUGCAGGAUAUGAGGCGAGAGUGGGAGAGGUGGCAUCUCAGAAUGGCGAGGUGCAGCAUUGCAAGCGUGAGGGUCCCAUUCACGACGCGGAUGCGAGGUGUGGGGUUCCCUUCGAUGAGGAGGCUUCGGAAGAGCACUUCGACUACAUCUUCGAGUACCUGGGGUCGAAGCGGGACCCGAGUCCGAAGUCAGCGGAGGUUUCCGUGGUGUCGAGAGUGGUACCGUCCAGCGCGGCGGAAGAGAGUUCAGGUGAGGGCGGCACGGUGAGGAGCAGCCUUCCAAGCGGGAUGAGCGGUGAACGGACGUCGGAGGCGAAUGGCGGCGCCAUGGUGAGGGGCAAGCACUUGGAGGCGUGGACGGCUUCGAAGAGGGAAAGCGUUGAGGGAAGUGGUGAGAAGUGUAUGGUUCCCGGUGUGAGCAGCAGCAUUGAGACGAAAGUGGUGACGACACAGGCAGCGUCGAAAGAGGAGAUCGUGGAGAGCACCGUGUCGCCAGGGUCGAGCACGCGGAAGCACUUGUCGUCGUUCAAAUUCAGCCACAGGAAGUCUGGGGAUGCGGAGUUGAAGCGAUCGGCCACGUCGAAGCAGGCGAGCGGGAGUGGCAACUCGCAGCAGCAGCUGGAUGCGGGCGCCCCGAACGGGAGGAGCAACGGCAAGGCGAAUGGGAAAGCAGCAGCCACACCGCCUCACCCGCAGAAGGGGAAGUCGACGAGAGCAGGUACCCCUGGGCGGGCGUCGGGUGCGGAUGCGAAAGCCCGGGGCCCGGCGCAGGGUGCAAACGGAGAAGUGGCGGAGGAGCUAAGCAUCCAGAGUCGAUUUUCCAAUAUCACAGUGCGUUCUGGCUCCGAUCCCGAAAACUUUGAUUGGGGCCGUAGUUCUCUAGAAGAGACUAGCAGCAGGCGUGGCAGCAGCUCGGGCACAAACACAGCGCCGGUGGCCGUUUUGAGGAGCACGGGUGCGAGUGUCCGGGGCGGAGAAGACCCGGGACACGGGGAUGCAGAGCCUUCGCGUGUCAGAGAAGGAGAGGGAGGAGGAGAAGGCGAAGGCGAAGACGAGCAGCAGCCACGGCCGAACCAAUUUUGUCCUUCACGGAGGAGCGGCGAGACGAACUCAGAGGCGAGCCCCAGUUUUGAAGGCCCUGCCCUCUGCACAUCGGCGCAGGUCGGAUCGAUGCGUUGUGCAGCGGAGAGCAGGGAUCCUGCGGACGCGAAUGCCCUGGAACCGGGCGGGUGGACCAACGGCGAUCAUCUGGACGAGAGAUUCUGUCCGGAGAGUGGGGUGGCACAUCCCAUGCGUCCCAUGCGUGGGAGCCUGAACCACGCCCCCAAGCAAAACCUUGACAAACUCAGCGAGAAGCUGGAACAAUUAGAAACGUUCGGUGCGCGAGUGGUGUUGCGGAAUCCCCAACAGCAGCUCAUGCACAGUCCUAGAACAGAUAGGAAGCCACCAGCAGGCAGUGGCACACAGGACUGUGGUCGGUCGACGCAAUCAGCUCGGGCCGAGAAGUCGUCAAAACAGAGCAAGUGUCGGUGCACGAUCAUGUGAUUCGCUGGCUGUAGUGUGAGAAGUAGUGGAUUGUGGUUGCAUCUGUUCCGAUCGGUGGUGACGGGCUGUGAGGAGCAGGAUGUCGUGCGCUGGUUGGACGAUGGGAGUGUAUCGCUGAAUUGAGGCGAAAUCCGAUGUGGGGAGCAGGGCAGGUGCAGCGACCUGCUCCAUGGGCAUGUCACCUUGAACUGACGUGAUGGGUCCGUGGCGGCGCGGAUUUAUUUGUGCGACCGUAGUUGAGCUGGGAAGGGUCAAUAGCAUGCGCAUAGAUGGAGCACAGGAACAGUUCACAGCAAUGGCAUGCGGGCUUGAGACAAGAAUGGCAGCCAACGAUUACUGUAGUGUACCGAGGUUAAACUUGAAAAAUAUUCAUCUCUUGUAGAUCUGUGGACAUAAAGAUCACUUCAUCAUUGCUUGGCUGAGUAUUUUUUUAAAGAUGAAGUGGUAUUGUAGUUCUUUUUGUUUGAUAUAUAAGUAUAAGACUAUAUUUUUUAUGAAUUUCAUAGC